AUGAGGAAGAUUGGCCGGGGCACGACUGUGAGGAAGAUUGGCCGGGACACGUCUGUGAGGAAGAUUGGCCGGGGCACGACUGUGAGGAAGAUUGGCCGGGGCACGACUGUGAGGAAGAUUGGCCGGGAAAAAUUAAGAUACCUUCACAUGCACUACGAUAAAGGAUUUAUAACUAUGAGAAAGAUAAAUGAGGAAGAGCCAGAGGGCAGCGAUAAUGAGAAAGAGCCAGAGGGCAGCGAUAAUGAGGAAGAGCCAGAGGGCAGCGAUAAUGAGAAAGAGCCAGAGGGCAGCGAUAAUGAGGAAGAGCCAGAGGGCAGUGAUAAUAACGAUAAUGAGGAAGAGCCAGAGGGCAGCGAUAAUGAGAAAGAGCCAGAGGGCAGCGAUAAUGAGGAAGAGCCAGAGGGCAGCGAUAAUGAGGAAGAGCCAGAGGGCAGCGAUAAUGAGGAAGAGCCAGAGGGCAGCGAUAAUGAUGAUAAUGAGGAAGAACCAGAGGGCAGUGACAAUGAGGAAGAGGGCAACGAUAAUGAGGAAGAGCCAGAGGGCAGCGAUAAUGAGGAAGAGCCAGAGGGCAGCGAUAAUGAGGAAGAGCCAGAGGGCAGUGAUAAUGAGGAAGAGCCAGAGGGCAGCGAUAAUGAGGAAGAGCCAGAGGGCAGUGAUAAUGAGGAAGACCUGGAAGGAAAGCGUCAAAGGACGGUGGGCCAGCAGGUUCCCAAGCGUGCAGAGGUGGGCCAGCAGGUUCCCAAGCGUGCAGAGGUGGGCCAGCAGGUUCUCAAGCGUGCAGAGGUGGGCCAGCAGGUUCUCAAGCGUGUAGAGGUGGGCCAGCAGGUUCUCAAGCGUGUAGAGGUGGGCCAGCAGGUUCCCAAGCGUGCAGAGGUGGGCCAGCAGGUUCUCAAGCGUGCAGAGGUGGGUCAGCAGGUUCUCAAGUGUGCAGAGGUGGGCCAGCAGGUUCCCAAGUGUGCAGAGGUGGGCCAGCAGGUUCCCAAGUGUGCAGAGGUGGGCCAGCAGGUUCUCAAGCGUGCAGAGGUGGGUCAGCAGGUUCUCAAGUGUGCAGAGGUGGGUCAGCAGGUUCUCAAGUGUGCAGAGGUGGGUCAGCAGGUUCUCAAGCGUGCAGAGGUGGGUCAGCAGGUUCUCAAGCGUGCAGAGGUGGGUCAGCAGGUUCUCAAGCGUGCAGAGGUGGGCCUGCAGGUUCCCAAGCGUGCAGAAGUGGGCCAGCAGGUUCUCAAACGUGCAGAGGUGGGCCAGCAGGUUCCCAAACGUGCAGAGGUGGGCCAGCAGGUUCCCAAACGUGCAGAGGUGGGCCAGCAGGUUCCCAAACGUGCAGAGGUGGGCCAGCAGGUUCCCAAGCGUGCAGAGGUGGGCCAGCAGGUUCUCAAGCGUGCAGAGGUGGGUCAGCAGGUUCUCAAGCGUGCAGAGGUGGGCCAGCAGGUUCCCAAGCGUGCAGAGGUGGGCCAGCAGGUUCUCAAGCGUGCAGAGGUGGGCCAGCAGGUUCUCAAGCGUGCAGAGGUGGGCCAGCAGGUUCCCAAGCGUGCAGAGGUGGGCCAGCAGGUUCCCAAGCGUGCAGAGGUGGGCCAGCAGGUUCUCAAGCGUGCAGAGGUGGGCCAGCAGGUUCUCAAGCGUGCAGAGGUGGGUCAGCAGGUUCUCAAGCGUGUAGAGGUGGGCCUGCAGGUUCCCAAGCGUGCAGAGGUGGGUCAGCAGGUUCUCAAGCGUGUAGAGGUGGGUCUGCAGGUUCCCAAACGUGCAGAGGUGGGCCAGCAGGUUCUCAAGCGUGUAGAGGUGGGCCAGCAGGUUCCUAAGCGUGCAGAGGUGGGUCAGCAGGUUCUCAAGCGUGUAGAGGUGGGCCUGCAGGUUCCUAAGCGUGCAGAGGUGGGUCAGCAGGUUCUCAAGCGUGUAGAGGUGGGUCUGAAGGUUCCAAAGCGUGCAGAGGUGGGCCAGCAGGUUCUCAAGCGUGUAGAGGUGGGUCUGCAGGUUCCCAAGCGUGCAGAGGUGGGUCAGCAGGUUUCCAAGCGUGCAGAGGUGGGCCUGCAGGUUCUCAAGCGUGCAGAGGUGGGCCAGCAGGUUCUCAAACGUGCAGAGGUGGGCCAGCAGGUUCUCAAACGUGCAGAGGUGGGCCAGCAGGUUCUCAAACGUGCAGAGGUGGGCCAGCAGGUUCCCAAACGUGCAGAGGUGGGCCAGCAGGUUCCCAAACGUGCAGAGGUGGGCCAGCAGGUUUCCAAGCGUGCAGAGGUGGGCCAGCAGGUUCUCAAGCGUGUAGAGGUGGGUCUGCAGGUUCCCAAGCGUGCAGAGGUGGGCCUGCAGGUUCUCAAGCGUGCAGAGGUGGGCCAAAACGUUCCCGAAUGUGCAUUUUCAACUAUAAUGUGUCGGGGGACAAACCAGGAGGAUAUGGAUGAAUUACAAUAUUGUCCCUCAAGUGGUUACUAG